AUGGAAAAAAACCGAAUAGUUUUGUUUAAUAUCCUUAAAAAAAGAGCUAAAAGCAUUCUUCAAAGUUUACUACAUGGCAACAACAACCUGAUUAGGGAUCUAAGGGGAUUACUUGAGGGGAUUCCUGGUAUUAGCAAGGAAGAACUUGAACGUGUCGAAACGGUCGACGAUCUUUGGGACUUUUUAGUAAGGAAAGAGGUUAUCAGUAUGGACGAUUUGCAAGUGCUGAAGAAUGUUGCUAGAUAUAUUAAGUCAAAAGAGUUGGAAGAGGAAGUAAAAAGCUAUGAGUACGAGAGUUCUGGUAAGUUACAAAUGACAGAACCAAACGACAUGUUGAUUUACAACUACUAUGAUAAUUAUUAUAUUCUUUAUAAUUUAUCUUUCCAUUUCUAUAUUUAUGCAUCUUCAGAAUUGGUUAUUAGAUCAGUGUUAUCUAUUGGAACUGGACUACUUUUUCUUAGUUUCUGUGGCGAAAAUGAGUCUGCAAAGCAGGAUAUUCAAAAAAAACUUGUCUUGCCUCCACUGACGAAACUUCAUGAAGUGUACGAAGGCUCAGUUUGUUUCGUAAUUGAAACAACGAGCCUAUCAUCGUUGAAACAGUUAUGGAGGAGCUACAAGGACGGUUCCUUGAAGAAGAAAUUCCAGAAAGUCAUCAAUGAGAUUGACGAAGUAAGAAAAGUGACCCAAGGAACAGAGGUUGAUGUGACAGUUGAGAUUGAUGAAGAGGAGUACCGUGAAGCAUGCUGGGUACUGGUGCUGGCAGAAAUUGAACAAGCCGAAGUUGAACAAGACUCAAGUAAGAGUAUCCAAAGACCGCGUCGUCAUUCGUUGUCAUGCGAACAAGAUUUUUUGCCAACAUGUGACAAAACACGAUUCUCUUGGACAGCUUUGAAGGAAGCAGAAAACAAGCUGGCGAGAGAGACAAGACGAAGAAUAUAUGUAGAGAAGGAAAACGAAAAGUUAAGGCAAGUGAAAAGAAGGUUAGAGGAGGAAAAUGAAAUUUUAAAACAAAAUAUGAAAUCGUCGAAGGAAAUUGAAAUGUUAUUAAGGAAAAAGAUGGAGUGCGAGGAAAAACAGAGAAUACAAGAAAAGGAGGAAGAUGAAUGGUUAAGGCAAGAGAUGAAAUUAGUAAAGGAGAGAUAUGAAAAGUUAAGGGAAAAGAUGGAGUACGAGGCCGAAAAACAUAGAAUACAAGAAAAGGAGGAAGAUGAAUGGUUAAGGCAAGAG